AAUAGCACUACUAUAUGUACAAGAGAGGCUAAAUUUUAAACGAAAUUCAAUAUUUUUUGGCAAAAUCAAGUUACAAAUCAGUGGUAUUUAGAUAAAGAGCUAUUGACUAAAAUAUAAUGCAUCUAUUUACGACUAAACAGACGUACAAAGCCAUUAUUGCGACUACAGGGGAAUUUUCAAGAGAGCUUCACAUACCUGUUCACGUUUUUAUAUUUUUUCAUUGAACCCUUUCCACAUAUUACGCUAGGUAUAUCUGCUUGGAGUCCGUCGCCGCAUCCGAUUCAAACGAGCCCGCUAACUAUCCAACGUCCAACGUCGAUCGGCGGGCGGAUGGCUUCGGCUGGUGGCCGUCUGCCUGCUGGUGAUAGUCGUUGGCUAGCCGUGGUCCGUGCCGGUAUUGUAGAGCUUUUCCGAGAUAUAGCAUCCAAUUGAUGCCCGUCAUUGCCCACAACUGAUACAGUUGUUUUAGUUUUUAUUUAGUGCGUGAUGGUUGCCGUAUUGUGUAGUACGAGCUUGACAUUGUUCAAUAGUGGGUGAUACACCGUUUCUGGCACGUAAUCUGCCCAUCAUGUGCUCGGAAAUCGAGGGCAGUGGUGAAUUUUAAACAGACACAUUGUGAAGUUCAGUGAAUUGAAGUUCGUUGCUCUCGUUUGAUGAAAUAAUCGAUGUGUUUACAGCUUACAACUGUUUCUGUUAGUAGAAAAGGUGUACAUUAAGAUGGCCUAUAAUGAUCCAAUAGCAAAAAUCAUAAGUACUAGUGGGCCACCCUAAUAAACAUAUUUAAUCAUUUGUAGAAAAACCAAGCAGUUUCCCAUGAAGAAAUAUUAAAUGCUAAUAAGUGAUACAUCAACGCUACCAUGUGCUUAGUAAACUGCCAACAAACAAGAAAAGAUAGUGCAAUGUGCAGUGCAUAUUUUAUGUUCGUAUCAGAGUAAACAUCGAUCACAACUAAACCGGUGCACUCGCCGGAAGUGUUGUCGCACAUAGAAAAACCGAAGAUCAUGGAAAUCGUUACGUUCAACGCAGCCCGCCAAGAUUUGCUGCUAAGCUGUGGCGGUGAAGUGAAGCCCAAGCAACAGGUGCACACCAAUGGGACGUUGCGAUCAAUUAAGCAGCGAAGAAAUGCGAAACUGAUUCAACAACAGCAGCAGCUUCAGAAAGUGCCCAAUCGUAUCGUCGUGAGUGCUGAGAUAAAUUAUGAUAAAUCAUCCAGUGAUAGUAAUAAUAAUAAUAACAGUGCAGUGGAAAAGUGUAAUGGCAGUGCUAUCAGGUUGAGUGGUGGCCCGACCGGUAAAAGUGGUUCCCUUAGAUCGGUUGGGGUGUCCAGUGGGAAACCGGUCAACAUAACGCUGUCGAAAAUGUCUCUACUGUGGAAUACCAGCGGCUGGAUACGCGUCUACUGCGGUCCGGAUCGCAGUGAUGUAAGCGGCGAAGAUCCGAGUCGGAUGGUGCAUGUCAUCACGACCGCAACCACGCUGGAUGUGGUGAAAGAUAUGGACCUGCCGAUGGAGUACACGCUCUGGGUCCAAAUUGGUGGUUCCAAAACUCGUCGGCUCGAGGAAAACGAAUACCCACUGCUAGUGCAGGAAGAGUUCCUCAAGUCCCUUGGCUAUCUGGACGAGUCUCGACGUGCUCGACUGGGCAUCGAUCCGGAACUGAAACAUUUGAUCCGGUUCCACAUUGGCCCGUCUGAGAUUCCCAUGUGCAAGGGCGUUCUUCGGUCUGGAUCCGUGGAGAUACUCAAGGGUCUGGUGUUUCCCCAAUGGAGGAGACGCUAUCUGUCCAUCAUUGGAAGCAAGCUGAUUGUUUUCCCAGCUGGUUCAUCGAUGUCUCCAGAAGUUUACGAACUGUCGGGAGCGGACAUCUACGAGCAUUCACCCGGUUACAACCGACUGAUCAUAAAAAUAGUGCCAAAGUCAAUCGAUAAUAACAAUGGAAGAAGUACAAAAGAGAACCUGAGUAGGUUCAUAGACAGUACCAGUACGACUCAGCUUUACAAUAGCACUGCUAGUGUCCACUCGAUCAGCGACCGCGAGACGGUGCUAUUUCUGGGCUUCGAAGAAUCCUGGGAACGUGAUCAGUGGAGCGGCUGGCUUUCUGAGAUUAAACAAGAUGGCAGUGGUGAUGGCGAAAAACGGUUGGAUUUGGGAGAUUCAGGCUUGCAGCAAAUUCCGGAGAUAUUCCUACAAUCGUGUACCACAGUAGAAGAGCUGUUGGCAGGGAAAAAUAAACUUCAGGAGUUGGCGCUCAGAGCACUCGGGGAAUUUGUUCAGCUGAAAGUGCUGCGACUGAAUGGGAAUGCACUGAAAAGUUUCCCGGACAGUCUGUACAAUUUAAGAAAGUUGAAGAUUUUGGACCUGGAGGAAAACGAAAUACGCAAGCUUCCGGAGAAGAUUGCUCUGUUGACGAGCUUGGAGGAAUUGAUACUGGAGAAAAAUGAACUACAAGAACUGCCCAACUGUCUACAGAAGCUGAUAAAUUUGAAAACCUUGAAUGUAGCAUAUAAUCAGCUGGACCACCUACCCGCCUUUAUGGUUAACAGCAGCAGCAUGCGACCCGUUGGGUUAUUCCAAAGAAAUGAUUCCCUCAGAAAUGGUCAUCAUAAUGAUCCGCUCUAUAAGGAAGAGGAAAAGAUUGAGCUUCCGCUAACGAAAGUCAAUUUGCGAGGAAAUCAGCUGAAGGGUAGCAUCAUCUUAGGCAACUAUGGACUCCUCACGCAGUUGGAUGUUAGCGAGAAUUCGAUUGAGAUCAUGGAUCUAUCAGCACUGGAUAAGCUGGAAACGAUACAAUGCUGUAGAAACAAUUUGAAAGAGCUCACACUAAACGGACGACAUUUGCACUCGUUGAUUGCGGGUAACAACAACCUCACCAAAAUUAUGGUGCGAGCAACUCCAACAAACCUCAAGCACAUCGACAUCAGCUUCAACUGUCUCCGCGAGCUUCCAGAUUGGCUGGUUGGAUGUCACCAACUCCGCACGUUGUAUGCCAACAACAAUCAGCUACACGUUAUAUCGGAACACCUGUUGAACAACGAACAUGCCACCAUACUCACUCUGCACCUAGCUUAUAACCAUCUUACCAGUUUUCCACCGAUGGUCAAACGUAAGCUGCCACUUCAAAAAUUGUACCUGCAAUGUAAUCGCAUCGAAGACCUACCGGAGAACUUUUUCAUAGCGUGUGAACGCCUUACAAUACUCAACAUCUCCAGCAACAAGUUGAUGACCUUGCCAAUAAUUUUCGGUACAAAUUGUAAUCUCGAGCGACUCUACGCUACUAAUAACAAUCUCACGGAUCGUGUACUUGACUCACUCAUUUGUUUGACUCGACUAAAAGUCUUGCACAUAGGUUACAACCAUCUAACAACUCUACCUGAAACAUGUAUUACCUGUUGGGGUGAGCUAGAAGAGUUGGUCAUCUCAGGCAACCGAUUAAGGCAUCUCCCAGACAAUCUGACUAAUUUGCGAAACCUACGGGUGUUGCGAGUACAUUCAAAUCAACUCCAAACAAUUCCUCCGCUAGCAAAGAAUCUCAGUCUACGAGUUUUGGAUCUGGCUCAUAAUCAACUCGAUAAGAUCAAUAUGGUGUCGCUCGUGUCGAAGCAUCUGCAGUUUCUGGAUCUAUCAAGCAACACUCAGCUACAGGUUGAUCCUCAUCAGUUACAAGCGUGUCGAUCACAAAGGCCAAUGAGUUUGGUGGAUGUAUCCGGCAAAAAUAGGCCUUCUCUACCAACUGCUCCAUGGCCGUAUCAGGAAAACGAAGAAUAUGAACCAUGCUGGAAGGUUGGCUUCGCGGAAACUCCUGGCUGUCUGCCGAAGUUGUACAUUUCGCAGUUACGAUUACCCGGGUUUUGCAAUUCGGAGGGAUUGUUUGGUAUGUUCGAUGGAGAGGUCAACAAUUUGAUUCCCAAUAUGCUUGUGAAAACUAUUCCAAAGAUAUUGCUGGAAGAACGAACCGUUAAGGAAACUGCCAAUGACUACAUGAAGUACACGCUGCUGUCAGCCCACAGGGAGUUGAAGCAGCAAGGUCAGCAUGAGGCGGUCAAUGUAACGUUAUGUCACAUAUCGAGAAGUAGGGUCCCGAGCGAGAUUAUGAGCUAUCUUCCUCAAGCGGCCAAUGGGAGGAAAUUCAUCCUGAGAGUGGCUAGCGUGGGCGAGAGUGUUGCAGUAUUGGUCAAGCAUAACAGAUGUGUUAAGUUGACUAAUGGGAAUCCUUGUAGAAGAAUAGGUUUAAGUGCGAACUAUCCGGUUACGGUGCCUGACCCAGAGGUUACGGAAGUUGUUCUAAGCGAUACGGAUGAGUAUCUUGUGAUAGGGAAUAAAAAACUGUGGGAGGUCAUUACAAUGGAAACAAUUGCCGAGGAAAUCCGAAAGGAAGAGAACAUUUUGUUGGCUGCAAAACGUGUUCAGGAUAUCGCACAAAGCUAUGGGGCAGAAGAGAAUAUCAGUAUUAUUAUUGUGAAAUUCAACAAUCUUGGAACAGAUAUUGAUUAUCUGAUGAGAGAAUUAAGGCAAACUAUUAGGAAAAAGCCCACACCUGGAAGUGUAAUGUCGGGGUUUUGUAAGUGUGGAUGCUGUUGUGAAUCGAACAAUAAUUGCUGCCAUUCCGGCGCAUCGAGCACUUUCAUAAGACAUCCUUCGGGCAGGAGUGAUCGUUCGUCUCCAAGUGGUCAAAGUGAUCAGACGUCGGGCAGUGAAACGCAAAUCAAUGGAAUGAAACCAAGGUGUUUGGAUGUCACAACACUGAGCACAAGAAAACCCAAUGCAUAUCUCACUAACGAGCGACGGAGUCUACGAGGAGGUGUAGUCCGAGCAGUACGAGCAAGAAUUGAGGAAGAAAAGGAACGAGAAGUUGAAGAAUCUGAUUCCGCAAUGUCCGAAGAGCAGUUCAAAUGUUGGGAAUACAUGCUGGAACAAAACACCCAGCUGUUGUUCGAUAAGGAACUGAACACCAUAUCUCGAGCUUUUACCAAACGACCUGGAUCGAAUACUAACCUAGCCAGACCGCAGAUGAAAUCCUUGUCUUCGAGUUCCCCACAACUGGCUCACGAUAGUGAUAGUUGCUUCAACUCCUCUUUAAACGGUUACAAUACCAUGGCUCACCCAACACGUGCUACACCAUUCCUUUCGAAGCAUUUUGGCAGUACACGUUCCUUCCAUCCAACGUCUUCACAGAACUUCUUCAAACCCAUACGGUACAAUACUGCGCGACCCCAACCGAUCAAUGCUGGCCCAAAUGCUGCGUAUUUCGGAUCCCUUCAGCGAUUGAUGCCGUAUAACUUGGAGUACGACUUCAACGCCAUGCAGGAAAGGUACGCAGCGAACAACGAAGGAAGCGCCCUCGAAUUGGAUGCAGUUGAUCCGGACGGAGGACGAAUGCAACAAUAUUGGGGUGUCGCAACUACGGAACUGUGACAUUAUGAAUACGGAUGGCGGUAAAACUCACUGUAGCAGACGUAGCUGUGUUUUAAAUUUAAGAUGUAUUUUUUGUAAAGGUCUCAUUCUUAUUUCGUUUAGCAAUAAAUUAAAUAAAUAUGUACACAUUGAAUUUUACACAGUACUUAGCUAUCUGUAUAAGGAUCUGUUUCUUUGUGUAGUUUCUACUUAAA